AUGUCAGAUGAGGAGGACGGUGAUGAUUCAUACGUGGAAACUAGUUCUCAUAUUGACGUUCUGGAUGUCCCUUCCCCGAGCGUCCAUACAAUGGAUGCACCUGCCAGCCCAGAUACUAUGGCGCCAGCAGACGAAACGGUCAGCCAAAUCCAGCCGCAGAUCAACGGUUCUGUGCGACAAACCACCCCCGGUAUGCCUCAGAGUCAGGAGGCACCCUCUGCUGAAGUCGAGGCCCGUCGACUCCAUAACUCGGUCCGGGAGAUCUGGAAUCAAAUCUCUCAAUUCUACAUCAACUAUCCCGCUCCGGACGUGAAUGUUCACCAGACAGAUAAAUGGGAGGCUGAUUGCGAGGACAUCCAUUUUUUGCUUUUAAAGUGGACCAGAGACCUGCCUCUACAAUACGCAGUGGUGAAUGGGGAGGUUCCAACGGAUGCUCCAACAGAUUUAAUUGUGGCCCACCUGGAGUAUCGGGUCGCACAAAUCAAAUGGUAUGGGCCAAUGCACAACUGUGAUCCCUCGCGGAGACCCCAUGGGAUGUUCAAGAGUCCGGAAAGGAUCUGUGUGAAUGCUGCCAGGGAGAUUGUCUCGAUCCUGGAACAACAUCUCCGGCGAACACCGCUGGAUAUGAUCGGCCCCCAUUUGAAGGCCCUGGCAACGGCGACCCUCACCGCAUUCAAUGCUCUCAAAGAUCACGCUCCUUGUCCAGAUCAAGACAUACUUAUGACCCAGAGAAUGGCACAAAUGCUUGCAAGUCUCCUCAAUGUGCUGGUAAGUGAUGUGUCCGGCAACCUGGCCACAUCGAAGGAGCUCUUGCUUCCCGGAAGCACCCCCUGCGUACCUAUGAAUGCGCCCAACACUCUCAGGCGAGGACCAGGCGAAGUUCCAGAUGCAUCCAACCAACACAAUAAUCCUGGAUUUGUCCCCUCGCCAUCAACUCGAACGGGGAAUGGUCCGCUCAAGGAGGAAGAGGCCAACCUGAACACCCAUGCAAGUGCAGCAGGACCCUCUAAUCUCAUUGGGGGGCCUAAUGAUGAACGACAACGGCGACAAGCAGCAGCGAGCCCAUUGACCUAUGCAGCACCGUCUGAAAUAUCUCAAAACCCUUUCAGCGAGACCGUCCUCCUCCUGGCCGAUCAGCUUAUCUCUCGCAUCGAAUACAUUCACGCUAAGUCCUUCAUCCACCGUGACAUCAAACCAGACAACUUCCUGAUGGGUAUUGGCAAGAGAGGCAACCAGGUCAACGUGAUCGACUUUGGUCUGGCCAAGAAGUACCGCGACCCCAAGACUUAUUUCCACAUCCCAUACCGCGAGAACAAGAACUUAACCGGCACGGCUCGUUAUGCCUCGAUCAACACUCACUUAGGGGUGGAACAAUCUCGCCGUCACGACAUGGAGUCUCUAGGCUAUGUCAUGCUCUACUUCUACCGUGAGGUUCUAUACCGUGGUUUCCCUAACGAGUUCGCCAUCUACCUCAACUACACCCGCUCUCUCCGCUUCGAUAACAAGCCAGACUACUCGUACUUGAGGAAUAUUUUCCGGGAUCUCUUCGUCCGAGAAUCGUUCCAACACGACUACGUCUUUAACUGGACCGUCUACAAAUACCAGAAGAAUGCUCAGGCCAUCGCCUAA